ACCUAAACAGGAAGUUGGGCUAUUCCCAACUGCCAGUGAUCUCUGAAGCCGACUCUGAGGCUCCCUCUUUGCUCUAACAGACAGCAGCGACUUUAGGCUGGAUAAUACUCAAAUUCUUACCUCGCUCUUUCUCUGCUAGUAAGAUCAGAUUGCGUUUCUUUCAGUUACUCUUCAAUCGCCAGUUUCUUGAUCUGCUUCUAAAAGAAGAAGUAGAGAAGAUAAAUCCUGUCUUCAAUACCUGGAAGGAAAAACAAAAUAACCUCAACUCCGUUUUGAAAAAAACAUUCCAAGAACUUUCAUCAGAGAUUUUACUUGACAGGAAAGGCCACGUGAGGACAUAGGGAGAAAGCAGCCACCAUUGGCAAGCCAAGAGAGAGCCCUCACCAGGAACGACUGGACCAGCACCUUGAUCUUGGAUUUUCUAGCCUCCAGAACUAGAUGAUUUACACAAUGAAGAAAGUACAUGCACUUUGGGCUUCUGUAUGCCUGCUGCUUAAUCUUGCCCCUGCCCCUCUUAAUGCUGAUUCUGAGGAAGAUGAAGAACACACAAUUAUCACAGAUACGGAGUUGCCACCACUGAAACUUAUGCAUUCAUUUUGUGCAUUCAAGGCGGAUGAUGGCCCAUGUAAAGCAAUCAUGAAAAGAUUUUUCUUCAAUAUUUUCACUCGACAGUGCGAAGAAUUUAUAUAUGGGGGAUGUGAAGGAAAUCAGAAUCGAUUUGAAACUCUGGAAGAGUGCAAAAAAAUGUGUACAAGAGAUAAUGCAAACAGGAUUAUAAAGACAACAUUGCAACAAGAAAAGCCAGAUUUCUGCUUUUUGGAAGAAGAUCCUGGAAUAUGUCGAGGUUAUAUUACCAGGUAUUUUUAUAACAAUCAGACAAAACAGUGUGAACGUUUCAAGUAUGGUGGAUGCCUGGGCAAUAUGAACAAUUUUGAGACACUGGAAGAAUGCAAGAACAUUUGUGAAGAUGGUCCGAAUGGUUUCCAGGUGGAUAAUUAUGGAACCCAGCUCAAUGCUGUGAAUAACUCCCUGACUCCGCAAUCAACCAAGGUUCCCAGCCUUUUUGAAUUUCACGGUCCCUCAUGGUGUCUCACUCCAGCAGACAGAGGAUUGUGUCGUGCCAAUGAGAACAGAUUCUACUACAAUUCAGUCAUUGGGAAGUGCCGCCCAUUUAAGUACAGUGGAUGUGGGGGAAAUGAAAACAAUUUUACUUCCAAACAAGAAUGUCUGAGGGCAUGUAAAAAAGGUUUCAUCCAAAGAAUAUCAAAAGGAGGCCUAAUUAAAACCAAAAGAAAAAGAAAGAAGCAGAGAGUGAAAAUAGCAUAUGAAGAAAUUUUUGUUAAAAAUAUGUGAAUUUGUUAUAGCAAUAUAACAUUAAUUCUACUAAAUAUUUUAUAUGAAAUGUUUCACUAUGAUUUUCUAUUUUUCUUCUAAAAUCCUUUUAAUUAAUAUGUUCAUUAAAUUUUCUAUGCUUAUUGUACUUGUUAUCAACACAUUUGUAUCAGAGUUGCUUUUCUAAUCUUGUUAAAUUGCUUAUUCUAGGUCUGUAAUUUAUUAACUGGCUACUGGGAAAUUACUUAUUCUCUGGAUCCUUCUGUAUUUUCAUUUAACUACAAAUUAUCAUACUACCGGCUACAUCAAAUCAGUCCUUUGAUUCCAUUUGGUGACCAUCUGUUUGAGAAUAUGCUCAUGUAAAUGAUUAUCUCCUUUAUAGCCUGUUACCAGGUUAAGGAAUACAGCUCUUAAAAAAUCAAGAACUUCCUGAGUUUCACAUAUAAAAUGGUGACAAACACCUGCUUCUGAUAAAGUUUAUUCAAUUGUGUAUUUAAAAAGACUGGUAAUAAUAGAAUUCUAUGAUGUGCUUCCCUCCUUAGACAUAGUUUUUCUCCUUUUGUACUAACCAGUACUUCCAUCUAUAUUGAGCUAAACUGUCUUUGAACAGUCAACUCUGCAUCAUGUGCCUGCCUGAUUUGGAUUGGUUUCACUUUUUUUUUUUUUGUUUGACCAUAGCCCAUUCUAUCAGUCAAGAUGACUGAAUAAUUGUGUGUUAAAUACAACUCAUGAUAAGGAGAACCUUUAUGGAAACAAGAAGUUUUAUGGCAAUCGAGAGGGAAUUAUUUAUAUGUACUUCUUAAUACUAUGCUUCCCAAUAUUUUCUCUUACUAAAAAUAACAAAAAUAUUGAAACCUUCUGAAAUCUAUUCAGUUAUCAUUAGGAUUUGCACACAAUGCAACUAAUAAUUCAUGCUUUAAAAAGUAGGUUAUUUCUGUUGAAGAGAAAAUUAUCAGCAGGGAAGAGUCUACUAGAAAAUUCAUGUGCUAGUCAUUCUUGGGGAUUUAAUAUUUUGCUGGAGUUAAUUGACUAUAUCCAGACCUGUAUCUUUCAUUUAUUGCUGAGCCAUGUGCAGUCUGGCAUCUCAACAACCUCAACAACCUCCAAGACAUGUCAUUUUCUGUAGUGCUCACCUCAAAUUUGACACUGGAAUUGGAACUGAUUUAGAAACAACCGUUUCAUUCAUUUGGUAUGAAUAGCUUCAUGACUAGCUUCAUGAAUAGCUUCAUGACUAGCUUCAUGACUAGCUUCAUGAAUAGCUUCAUGACUUCUCGCUAACAAUGAUAGUAUAAUUCUGCCUGUUCUUCAGGAUUGAAAUUUUGAACUCAAUUUAGAUUUAUUGUUUUCCCUCAUAUACCACAUCUAAACAGUCUCCAAAUCUUUAUGCUUUGUUUUUUUUUUUUUUUCAAAAAAGUUCACCCAAUCCCUAGGCUUUUUACUUUUUUCUUUUUCUUUUCUUCUUUUUUUUUUUUUCAUUUUGUUUUGUUUUGUUAUGUUUUUUUAGACAGGGUCCCACUCUGUCACCCAGGCUGGAGUGCAGUGGUGCAAUCACGGGUCACUGAAACCUCCCACCUAGCUGGGACUAGAGGUGCAGGCCACCACACCAGCUAAUUUAUGUAAUUUUUGUAGAGAUGAGUUUCACCACGUUACGUAGGCUUGUCUUGAACACCUGGGCUCAAGCAAUCUUCCAGCCCCAGCCUCCCAAAGUGCUGGGAUUACAGGUAUAAACCAUAAUGCCCCCGGUUUUACUCUUUACUGCAUCCUUCCCAUCAGUAUUAAUUCCUCAGAAAUUUAGUACAUUCCUCCACCAUUUCAAAAUGCUCCCAGAACUCACACUAGUUGGUACUUAACUACAACCUUCAACCUCACCAUUUAAUUUUGAUGUAUGUUUUUGGAUUUACCAACAGUACUUUCUUUCAUGACUACUUUGAUUUAGUUAAGAAUGCUCACUGUACACUGAAUGUUAAUUACUCAGCUAAUUCACACUGAUUUCCUGUUUAAAAAUAUGAUCCCCUCCAGGCCAUUCAUGUGAAGUCAGGGUACAGCUAAUGCCAGCUACAGAAUCACUAUGUUUCAAUAUGGAAUAUGAAAAGUCCUAACACAUAAUUGCAAAUCAUUUUCUACUGUGGUAUACAAAUUUUAUCAUUACAAAAUAGUAUCAGCUUUUUUCACUUAAGGAAAAUAAUACAACUUCAUUCACAUAUUCAGUGCAUAAAUAAUUGCCUUAAAUUGAGUCUUUGCUGUGGAAUUUGAGAGUUUUGGAAAUCAAAGGCCUUUGUGAAACAUUUCCUGUUGCCAUUUAUUUAUAGAUAGCAAUAGCUUCAAAUGAGUGGGAAAGUCUACUUAGGUGAAGUCGUAAAUAGUCACUAAGAUUGUAUAAAUAGCGCAUUGAUGAGUUGCCUAAUUGUUUUCUCCAACAAUAACCACUGGUCCAUUGGUUCACUACUUACUCAAGAAAGACAUAUACUGAGAUGGCUUGAAAUGUUUAAUGCAUGUGAACGUUAUUUUUACCGUGUUUUGGAAUAAGAUCUUGAUGUUAUUGUUUUCCUUUAUUUUCCACAAUCAAGUGCAUCUAACUGUGAAUUGUAUAUGGAAUUACAUUAUUCAGCAUAUACAUAUAUUUACCUGCUUUGUUCACUCUCUGUAUUCAAAAUUAACAGAUCAUGCUGAAAACCACUCAAACGAUUAUAUUUUUUACAUUAUAAGAAGUAAAAUAUAUUAUUCUGAAUAAUGAAA